GCCGGUAGGCCAGGUGUUGUCCGUAAGUGCCAGAAACCCAGAAACUGUGGUAUUUUGCUCGUUAUCGCCUACUCAAAUGUCGUAAUUUUAGUCACAAUAUUUCCCAAAGAAAUCAAGAGAGAACUCCAUUUAGGUUAGGAGACACUACUUAAACCGAAAGAAAGGUGAGGAAUAAAAUAAAAAGGUUGGACAAUCGCUGUAGUUGACAAGAUGAAAGCCAUGGAGGGAGAUGAGGUGCCUUUGGGGAUAAAUGCUUUCACCUUGAUUCCAAACCAGAAAUACAGAAGAAGUUGCAGACAUUUGCAAUCCAAGAAGAAUGGCGACAGACUGGAAACCUUUCACCUAGAGUAUAACUGUGGCUACUUCCAGAUAAUACCAAUUGAAAUCUUUCACAAGGUGUUGUGUUAUCUUUCAGUGACAGAUAUCAGUAUUUUGAGCAUGGCGUCAAAAGUGGUUGGCACUCAGAUUGUAGGUUAUAUCAGCACAUCAUCUGGAAUCAAACGGCUUUUAUUGGAAGGAUUCCACUCGACUGAUAUUUCCAAGAAAUCAAUUGCGAUGGAACACUACAGAUCCUUAGGCUUGCUGUUUAAGAGAUGUACCUUUCUCUUACCCACUAAAGAGAGAUUAAAAUUUGUGCAUAAUCAGUUAUUAAAGAAUCCAUGCUUCAGGAUGGGUGGCUGUAAUAUGCUGGUACAAUGUUCAGGAUUUGCUUGUUUUGGGCUUUUAUUACAGACUCUUAUAGCAGGCUGGGAUGAACUGGAGUGCCAUCGUGUGUUUAACUUCCUGAAUGAAAAUGCAAACUUGCCACGGAAAAUGCAAAGUGUGGUAUGCAGCAGACCAGGUGCGACUAGAAAGCUAGAGCUACAGAUCCGUUUGUAUUACCGGCGAGUUCUCUUGGAUCAUUGGGAGCACCAAUGUGACAUCGCUUUCUGGCUGACUCGUAUCCUUAAACCAUGGCCGAUGGUGAACCAAGCAAGAUUGCUGUACUUACUCUAUGGUCCUAUGUCCCUCAGUGAUGGUCAGAUCCACUGGCAUCAUAUGACCCAGUUACCUGCUAGUGAGGACAGUAUAAAAGGUCUUGCAGCAGCAGUUAGAUUGCUGCAUGAAAAUGCCAAAGAAUGGACAGCUGAUGACAUUUUCACUUUGUUAGAAGAGUUAGCAGGAUUUCCUCAAGAAUGGCUUCUGGAGAACUGUGCUCGUCUUCUGAUUUGUUGUGGGAAUAAUAUGUGCUUUACAUUCCUGGCUAAUAAAGCUGUAAAUGGGAGACUCAACGAACUUGCCACACUUAUUGUGUUUCUGUCUUUGGUAUGUGAAAAAGAUGGGUACUGCAUGGACUGGACUGUGAAGAUGGUUCACAGAAUCUGCAAGGUGAUACCCAGCAGUGAAAGCAGGUGGAAUUUUCUGCAGGCUAUUGAGAAGGUCUUUGCAAGGGUUACCAUGGAUAUGAUCGAAUCUUUAAUGUUUAGUGGCCUUGAUGAGGAUGAAGGCGUAACAUAUAACAUGUACAAUAUGGUGAACGCCCAAGCAGAGUUCCAUAAAGAAGUCAUGCUUUGUGCCUUCAGCAACAUCCUAACAUGA